UCACAUUGUCCAAAUUGAAAAAUUAGUGGGCCAUUCUCUACGCUUACAUUUGUUUAUGAAGUACAUAAAAAAUAAAAUAAAAAUCUCUGCAGCAUAUAUACAUAUACAUUUCUUCAUUCUGCCAACAAUUUUUCCCUCCCACAAGUCCACCCCUUCCAGAUUCUGUCUCUUCUUUCAUUUUCUCUGGAACUAUAAACCAUGAAUGGUUAUAGAGAAGACAAUUCUUGCUGCUAUUUCCAUCCCAAAGAGGUUGUUACAGGGGUUUGUCCUCUAUGCCUAAAUGAGAGGCUCCUUGUAUUGGCUGCAAAGCAAGGCCAGCUUCCAUCAUCUAGACCUCAUCAAGCCUUCACUACUCCAACCAGGAAGCCUUCCAUCAGCCUUCCUAAGAUCUUUGCUUUGGGUUCUCUUCUCAAUCGGCUUGAAUUUCGCCAUUGGAAAUCUGAUAAUAACUCUGAUAAAUCUGAUGCCUCCACCAGUCCAGAAGAGUCCUUCAUAUCAAUAAAGUUUGAAGAGAAUGGAGCUGCCUCAUGGGAAAAGGGCACUGUCUCUAAUAAGGUCACUCUGGAGCAAUGCGCAAAGUCCUGGAACCAUGAUUUGAGCAAGGAAAACAAGGAUGCCAAACAAGCCAAAGACGCUAAGGAGACAAUGAGUGUGAUAGAGCAUGCAAAACCGCGUGGCUCUCUGAGAUGGAGAAAACGGAUUGGCCAUCUAUUCCAAGUCAUCAGAUGGAAGAGGUCCAACAGAGGAAACAAUGUGUGCCACGUGGGAACCAAGGUUGAAGGAGUCAAGGUGAGGAAAGGUUGGAUAAGGACUCUGACAAAGAGGAGAACCAAAGAAUAAAAUAGAGAAGAAAGAAUUUGCAUAGAAAAUGACACUAUCCUUUUCCCUCCAGUUGAGCCUCUCUUUGGACUGUAAAGUUCUCUAUUAUUGAGAUAGUAAGAGUCAAAAUGCUUUACUUUUCCAUUAUUACUCUUUCCUAACUAGCUACAAAAAAGCUUGGCUUUGAGAUUCUCCAUUUUCUUUCUUUUCAUCAUUUUUCAUGUUUAUAAACACUACAGGUUAACAGAUUAUUUUGGGUA